AUGUCAUCCGUUGCCGCGCGAUGCGUUUUCCUAGGGCCCGAAAAAGCGAAAGCAAGCCCACCGUCUCCAGCGCAUCCACUUCAAGCCCGGGCCUACGACAAUCACAACGCAGACGAAAAACAUCCGAUGUGGAGCGACUACGAUCACCCUCGAUUCCUCGGACCUAUUCCAGACGAUCUGGUGGCCUGUGACCAGCUUCACCAACGCAUCAUGUGCAAAGAUGCGGAGCCCUUUACCUUCUAUUUCUACUAUCCGGUGGACGCCGACGCCCUGGGUCUCGUCGAUUAUCACGACAUCAUCACACAGCCCAUCGACCUGCGCACGAUGCGGAUAAAGCUGGAUUACAGACAAUACGGGAAUGCUGACGAAUUUUUGGCCGAUAUUGCAUUGAUGCUGGAUAAUUGCUUCAAGUAUAACCCGCCACACGAUCUGGUGCACCAGGCCGGCAAGCAACUGCAGGACUUCAUUAAAGAACAAUGGACUCGAAUUUGUGCCGCAAAGGCUCUUAAUAACAACAAUAACAAGACAAUUACCGCCCUUGCCAGCCGGCCCGAAUCACUCAAUGACUACACGAAGAGUAUGGAUCACUGGGAGCAGCGUCGCAAGGAUUGGCUGCAAAGAUCUGCCGCACUCCGCAGCGAACUCAUGGCCUUGGCACCGGGCGCUAUGGUGCCGGUCGUGGAAUUUCGGCACUGCCCGGAAACGGGACUGCUGCAGCUCGUCGAACUGAUCGAUAAAUUGGAAGGCUCGAACCUUGCGGCAAAGUCGAGGGAAAUCGAUCUGGAUCCGUCGUCAUUGAAGCCCAGCACCAUGCGCGCGAUGCUGCUUCAUGUCAGAAGGUUCGUUCCGGAAACAUCUCGUCCCUCCUGCCCUUCCGUCUCCCUCAAGCUGGAAGUGCUCGUCAAGCCACCUGGAAAACUCUCCGAGUCUUCUUCUGACGAUGAGGCUCCGGCAGAC